AAUUAUCGAGGAGAGCCGAGGUCAGAUUUCAGCAGACAGGACGCAGCAUGGAGGAGAGCUGCAGCUCGGCCACAAGGUGACGAGUAAUAUCCGUGUACUACAGCAGGCUGACAGGAAGUGGUGAUGAUGGUGGGCGUGGUGGUAGCGUGCAGCUCGGUGAGCUCCAUCAAAGCACUGUGGGAGACCAGGAUCAGGAGGAGGAGGGAGGAGCAUGAGGAGGAGCACAAGAGGAGGACCACGAGGGGCGGGGCCACAGGCAGACUUGGAGUCGGGCUUUGGGAAGACCGAGCGGCGCUGGCCCGGCUAAAGCAGAAGCUGGAGAUUGAGGACGGCCGGCUGGUCCUCCGGAUUGAGCAGGAGGAGUGGAAGGUUCUGCCAGGCUGCCUGAUCCAGCUCAGUCAGGUCCAGGAGUGGCAGAUCCACCGGACCGGACUACUGAAGAUCCCUCACUUCAUCUCUAGCUUCCAGAACCUUCUGGUGCUCGAUCUGUCUCGGAACGGAGUCGCUGAGAUCCCCAAACAGAUCGGAAAGCUGACCCGGCUCAGAGAGCUGCUGCUGAGCUACAACAGAAUCCCGUUUGUCCCGGCAGAGCUGAGCGGGUGUGAGAGCCUGGAGAGGCUGGAGCUGGCAAUGAACCGGGACCUAAAUGAGCUACCAGACCAGCUCGGGACGCUGUCGCGGCUGCAGCAUGUUGAUCUUUCCAUGAACGACUUCAGCUGCCUGCCUGCUUGCCUGCUCGCCCUGCCGGCGCUCGAGUGGCUCGACAUGGGAGGAAACUGCCUGCAUCACUUACCUGAAGACAUACACAGAAUGGAGGUGCUACACACUCUGUGGCUGCAGAGGAACGAGCUGGAGAAGCUUCCGGAGAACAUCGCCAGAAUGAGGAGCCUGGACACGCUGGUGCUCAGCAGCAACAGGCUGAGAGACAUUCCACCGCUCAUGGAGGGCAUGUCCAGCCUCAGGUUUGUGAACUUCCGGGAUAACCCCCUGACUCUGGACGUGACGCUGCCGAGCAGGAAGGCGGUGGCUGAGGAGGAAGAGGAGGAAGAUGACAGGGAGAUGUUCGGGAAAGAGUUCAUGCUCAUGUACAUCCAGGAGGCCCGAAAGAGAGCGUACGCCGUGCUCAACGUGCACUGCGUCAACCAGUCCGAUGGUGAGUCCAAUGACGAAUCCUCAGCAUGAAAUACGGCCCCAUGUCUUUUUUUCUUC